AUGGAGAAAACAAAAAUAGAGGCCCUCUUCAUCUACGAUGAAGAUGUGAAAAAGGCCGAGAAGUCCGUAACAGAUGAAGAGCUACAGGCAGAGAAGGUCAUCUACUACUACCCAAACGAAACGGACGAACAAGUGAAGGUUAUGCACACGAGCGCCAUGGAAGGUGUUUCUGCUUUUCUCUCCCAGUUUAGCAAAUCACACAUGGAGCAUAUAAUAACAAAAGAUAAUUUAAUUGUCAUCCACAAAUGGUACAAGCAUAUAUUCGUAACGGUCGUCGUGAAAAAUAUUUACAAAAAUGAGAAAACGGAACUCCUCAUGUGUAAGUUACUGCACAAAGUUAUGGACAACUUCAUCUCGACCUUCACCCUACUGCACGGGCACAUCCGGACCUUCUUGAAGUAUAAGAAGAACAAAACAACAGGAAAUAUGAACAGAAAAACGAAUCUCCAGACACUCUUGGAUGAUUAUGUCUUUACCUACAUAAACACAAUUAACAAUGAGUGUGUGAACAUUCACAACGGCCUACAAAGUUUUCAUUUCUUCCCAGUUGAAAAACAUACCUACGUUACUGUACAGAACCUCAUUUCGUCUCUUAUACUAGGGCAGAAGCAGAUAAAGCAUGGAUGUCUACUGUACGAAGGGCACUUGAUUUACUCAAGUCUCGAAAUGAGCGACACAAAGAUGAUAUACAAUUAUUUGGUGUCCUACGGCGGAACGGUAAACAACUUAAAGUUAAAUCAACACCCGUUUAGGAAAAUUGCAUCCUCUGCCGCCAUCAACCCAAAUGGAGGUUUGUCCAGCUUCGCCCGGUGCAACACUCUUGACGAGAAAAACGCCUUUCUCCUGGGGAUCAAGAAGUCGUCCAUCUUCAUGCCAGUGGUGAGCCUCAGUAACGAGAAAAAGUACAAACUCGUGGCAUUCGUUUAUAAGGGUAUCUUGCUCGUCUUGCUCAUCAAGGGGAGCACCAUCAAGGAUGAAGACUUUGACAUCCUCAUCGAUGUACAGAACAAAUGCACAAAUGAAAACUCCACUAGCAUACACAGCUUGUCCAAACUAAACGAGGUUCUCUCCGUACAGUUUAAAAAGUAUCUAAAUCAGGAUGACCCAGUCAAGUACCUAUAUUACAACCAUUCUAGCAAUUCUAUCAAAUAUUCCAUUAACAACAAAAAAAUAAAUAAUGAGGAGCUCUUCCUGGUUGCUGAUUUCCACUUCCUACUCCUCGAUUCAGAAUUUAAGCAAAACAAAAUAAAGUGGAACAAAAGAGCCUCUUCCAUGGAAAAGGAAAAAUCACAUUUGUCAAAGGAACUUUUCAAUUUUAAAAAUCACUGCAUUUGUGGAGACGCCUCGAAAAAUAGUCAAUCUCCAGGUGGGGAAAAUCAAACGGAAAGUUCCACUUCACAUUGUGAGCAUCAUGCACAGGAUGGUAAAGAAGGCAACACGAAUAACGUAGAUAAUCAGCAGGUAACAGAAUCCCUCAUGGAGGAAAACCACCUAAGCGACACUCAUGCCCUUAAUAGUGCCCACCUAACAAGUGAGAGAAAAGACGAAAUGAAGGAUCCCCCUGUAGAGAAUCAUAGCUUAAGGAAAUGCCAACUCACCACAAGCGAAACAGAAAAAACGCACAACGAAGCCGGUGGUAAUUCUCUAGGGGAGAAAAAAAAAAAAUUGAAAUUAGUUUAUAAUGAGGAGUUAAAGAGAAAGCUCUUUGAAGAUACUGGUGACGAUGUAAAAAUUGAAAAAAUAUUUUACAAAGAGGCAAAUGGGCCCUGGAUAUUUGCCAAGAAGACCCUUCAAAGGGAACUUUUUAUUUUCUCCGAUGACUCGAAGAUUUCCCUCUCUAAAGCGCAGCACGGUGUCCGUCACAUAAUGGACCACAAUUUUACAAACAUAUACAUUUAG